AUGGAACUCAUUCCUUUUCAUGUUUUUAAUACAGAGGCAUUCGACUUAUAUGCAAAUGUGGUAUCAUCUACGACGACGACAACAACAAGUAAGUUUUCAGUGUGCAAUACUGAUGUAUUUUUACCACUAUUUCUUGUCUACUAUAUAUCAGCUACGACUACUACAACUGGACUAAAUAUUUACGUGGCUAAAUUGACCUAUUCAGCUGCCAUUGUCAAUAAUUGGGUACAGUCCACUCAUAGUUAUGUAGCAGCAAAAAGUUCUGGAUUGUCACUCACAUUCCUGUUUAGUAAUACGCAUGAUAGUGCAUGGUAUUUGGAUGACGUGUCACUAGUUGACUCUAGUGCAAACCAAAAAAUUACCAAUGGAUGGUUUGAGAGCUCAACUGCUUCAUGGUGGGAUGGAUCAAAUGGUCCAUGUAAUAAUACUGGUACACCGUAUGGUAUUACGACUUCUAGAUCGCAUAGUGGAAGCAGAUGCUAUUAUGAUCGAUGCACUCCGAGUGAAGUUUGGGUUGCUCAAGCUUUCAAUGCAACUGUUGGCAUGACCUACACCUUACGUUUUUGGGUCUUUCUCAAGUAUACGUACACUGGCACUACCAGCGAUAUUUGGCUGAGUGUUGCCAUGAAUUAA